AUGUUGUAUCUGAUCGCUGGCCCUUAUCUUUUUCGCAGAUGGGGCGUCGUCGUAGCCACAGCGUGUUUGAUCGCUUAUAUUGGCCAUGUCAGCACUUUAUCUACUUGUAAUGAUUUUCAGCAAUCGCUUUUUGCUUCAUGGACAGUUGCCGACUGGCUCGCCGUCUCAUUUAUCUUUGCUGGUAGCACUGCUGCAUUGGACUACUGGGAUGCUAUCAUGAAUACCUACCCAUACCUAUCCUCUGACAAACUCGAAGACCAUGUGCGCAUGCAGGAUCCAAUGAAAAUACACUACUGGAUCCACCUUACAAAGACCAUUAUGAAUUUGUCCUCUGAAGCUGAACUUGAUCCAGAACCUAUUGAGGACUUGAAAGCCGCUAUCCGCAGCUUAGGACACAACGGUCGGUCCUGGAAAACCAUGUCGAUCCUGUUCCCAUCCAACCUACGACAAGAAAUGUGCGUUCUCUAUGCCUGGUUCCGCGUCUGUGACGAUAUCGUGGAUGACAUGGAUCCCAAGAUCUAUGGCACCUUUGCACUCGAUUUGGUCCGCAAAUUUCUAAACGAAGUGUUCCAUGGCAAGAAAAGCAAGCCCGUUUCUCGCCAGGCAACAACCAAGUUCGGCAAGGCUGCAUUCGGAGACCCUAGCGUACCAAAUGUGGUCGAUUGGAACUAUUAUGCACAAUACCUUAACGAAACUCAACUGGCGACCUUGCGCGGUUUCUCUCGACUUGCACCCAUUCUUUGCCCCAAGGCUGCUUUUGCACUUACUGAUGCGUGGAAAAUCGAUAUCCAUCGCCAGGCGAUGAAGUCGCAAGACGACUUGCUCAAUUAUGCAGGUCUUAUUUCCGGCCGAUUCGCUGAACUUUGCACUUGCGUGAUCAUGUACAAGUCCGGCCGUGGAAACUGGAGCGGUGUGGAUCCCGUUGCUCGAAAAGAUGAUGUUCUCAAGCGCGCACGUGCCACUGGACAGUGUCUUCAGCUUAUCAAUAUUGCCCGUGAUCUGAUUGCCGACAGCCUCGAGGGCAGGUGCUACGUUCCUCUCCAAUACAUGCCAUCCCGACGGACGUACAAGACACUCAAGGAUUCCCGUGACCCGAGCCGAAUUGGUGAAAGCACUUUAAAAUCUUACGCGAUGCAGAUCCUCAAGCUGGCCGACUGCCUUACAGGUCAAGCACAAGUCGGCAUCGAUGGCUUGCCCUAUGAAGUACGCGACGGUGUCCGAGCAGCAUUCGAGAUCUACUCGGCUAUUUCUCCUGCUAUCCGUAACGCGCAAGGAUUCCCAAAACGUGCCAAGGUCCCCAAACGACGCCAGCAGAUGAUUGCCUUUAGCUGCAUCUAUGGCUUCCAUCCAGGAUUGGGCCGUGUUCUUCAGGCUGCUCUUUACAAGCUUCUCAUGCUUAACAAACUCAGUGGACACAAAAAGCUUGCAGACAUUGCUCUCCCAUCAAAGUGA